AUGGCAGAAAAUUCGUCAUCUCACCGGCAACAUGGUCCUCGACCAAACAAUUUACAAGUAGAAGGAAUUCUGGAAGAUGCCUCAGACGAUAACGAGGUUCAAUCCAAUCGAGCAAAUGAUCCUAUCACCGCAGGAAUGUUACCAGCAAACCCUGCUCAGUCAAUUUUACCACCAGGAGAAACUCCGAUAUCCUGGUAUGUCCGGUCUCAAGGGGCAUUAAACGCAGUAUACACACAGCUGUGUGCUCAAACUGCUCCCCUGACUCAAUCACGGAGACCGGGAUCUCAUGCUCAUGCCUCUCAGCGGGAAGAAUCAACUUAUGAAGGUACAGAAGUUUAUGCCAGAUCUACGUCACAACACGUUCAGACAGGAAGUCACCAGAGAGAGAACCAUGGCAGAACACACCGAAGACAAUCAGUGCAUGAUAGGUUGGGUUCUCAGCCUCAAGCGGUUUAUAACCCUGAGGCAGAACACAACUAUGACUUGGUUUAUCGCCCUGCAAAAGCAGCGGAAAACUCAAAAUUCAUACUAGAAAUAGCUUUAGCUCCUUUGGAGAAGGCUAAAUUACCAUCCAACAUAGGGAAAUUUAACGGGUUAACAGACCCCGAUGAUCACCUAAGGGUAUUUACCAGCGCAGGUCUGGUUGGGGGUUGGACUCUCCCGUUAUGGUGUCAUCUGUUCGUGCAAACCCUGACCGGCCCAGCAUGGAUUUGGUUCGAUAAUCUACCAACCGGACAGAUCGAAUCAUGGAAGGAUAUGCGAGAAAAGUUUUUGACACACUUCAGCCAGCAGCGACGUUCCAUCCGUGAUACAUCCGACGUCAUGAACAUCUGGCGCCGAGAUGACGAAAAUCUGGAAGAUUUCAUCACCAGAUACAAUAAAGAAGUAUUGGAAAUUGGCGGUGUUCAUGAACAAUUGAUCCGCACUCAAUUCAAGUACGCGGUUCGAUGCGACGACAUGGUUAAAGUCUUAUCUGGAACAGAAGGCCUUCCAACAAGUUGGGAGAAGAUAAUGGCGGCGGCCAAAGUUUAUGCGCAAACUGAGAAAAACCUCACAACAAACAGGCCACCACCACCACACAAUAGGCCCGCGGAUUUAAGCUUAACCGGCGAAAGAAGGUUUAAAAAAUCAUGGCGUGAGUCUGGAACAGGAAGUCGUUCAUCCGAAGACGCUCGCACGACAAUCAACAAACUCUCCGCACAGCGGGAGAGCAAACAGGAAAAUAGGGAGAGACAGUGGACUCCCCUAACAAAAACUCCGGCGGAGGUCUUAAGCACUGAAGACUAUCAAUUCAAACCUCCGAUCCCGAUGAAAAAUAAACGUGGACAAGACCCGGCACAAUACUGCGAAUAUCACAAAGACAACGGGCACACCACUAACAACUGCAUCUCUCUGCGCACAGAAAUAGAGAAAGCCCUCAAGAGCGGCGAACUAACGCAUUUACUCCAAAAUGUGCGAAAAGAGAUUAAGCAGAUAACCCGAGGGGAGGAGGGCCCAAGUAAACGGGCAAAAACCUAA